AUGUACCUUGAAUUCGUAGAAUAUACAAUUGCAUUCUUUGGAUUUAAAUCAUUACCGGAACCCACUCUCAGAAGGUUUACAAUAUCAGGUCUAGCCAAAAGUGGCUAUUAUAAUUGCGAGAAACUUCUCGGGUUAUCUUCUGAAUCCACUUCUACUCAAUCAGUCAACACCAAUACAGAAGAGGCUAAUUUCAAACGAGGAAAUGAGUUUGAAGAGGCCCUCCUAAACACGUUGGACAAAAGCACUACUACUGAUUACACCGACACGCCUACUGCUCAGAGCAAGCAUGUUCUCCAAACUGUCAAACCCGGGCAGACACUGUAUCAACUCAGUUUUGAAAUGCCUGACAGUUUUUAUGAAGACGAAAUUAUGAACACAAAUGUUUAUCGUUUACGUCGAUUUAUCCCGGAUUUCAUUCAAGUCAAAGAGGAUCCUAUCACAAAGGAAAGAGUGUUAUUUAUCAUUGAUGCCAAGGCCUCAAAGUCAGUACAUUCAUCUCAUCAGUUCCAAGUUGCUACAUAUGCCUACCUAUUGUCUUACAUUGUUCAAGACAUCCGUAAUCUCAAGGUGGAUUAUCUUGGAGGAGUUUGGCUACCUUCAGACUGGAAAGAACCAGUGGCCUUCAGAGUAGACCUGAUGAUUCCAAAAAUGAAACAUUUUUACACAACCGAACUCAUUGCUACCCUUCAGAGUAAAGAUCCUGAGUGGAUCUACAAUGCAAAGUGCAAAACAUGUACAUAUGCAUCACUUUGUGAAAGAGAGUCUGUUGGUACACCUGGCGAAAUUCCUUACAUGACACCUCAUAUGAUUGAGGCUGCAAAAUCAUUAAUACCUGAAAAUAAGAAUGAUAGUCUGGAAGAGCUUGCUGAUAACCUCAAAAACAUGUCCAUUCAAAAAUCCAAUAAAUCCAUCCCUCGUUUUGACGAUUGGCAAAGAAUCAAAAAAAGCCCAUUAUUUGAACCUUUUUAUAAAUCUUAUUCAGAAAAGAAGCCAAUUUUUAUUGGAAACCCAUCUACUAUCAUCUCAAGCGGAAUUGAGCAAGAGAUCUACAUUGUUUUUGUAAUAGAUCCCACACAUGGCCGUAUGUGCUCUUACUCUAUCAAAUUUAACGGUCUCGAUUUCGAGAAUACCUUAAAGGACUAUUGCACUGGCUCCGUCGAUCCCAGCGCAAAAAAUAAGAGUGAUAUCGAAGCAUAUGUUAUCCUGGCUGCAAAUUUUUCCACCAAUCUAUUUAAUGUGCUUCUCAAGAUGGAUCAAAUCAAAGCCAAGUUUUCGAUCUUUUUCUAUGGAAACGAGACAAAGGUGGCCAUUCAAGACUGCUUGUGCGAUCUUCUCUCAAGUGCGCCAAAGUUUAUCAAAAAUACCAAAUAUUGCGAAGAAAUUGUGUCAAAUGCAAAGGAGUGCCUGCUCAACCUUUUUGUGGGAGUCAAUCUCUUAAAGCUACCCGAUGCCUUGUUCCCGGACGAUACACACCUGGAUAGAGUAUCCUCUAAUCGAAUGGUCGUUUUGGAAGAUCUUUUGCGUGAGAAUAUUGCACUUGGAAUACCCGGAUUUUACAAGCUUGAAGAUAUUGCAGAGUGGAUGUGUGAAGACACAAAAAGUGUGUCAAAGCAUUUCCUCCAGAGUCUUGAGAAGGAUGGAUUGUACAACACUUGGGUUCUUGGAGAAACAAAACCAAAAAAUUCUUCUUUGGAGCGAGAAAAACGAUACCAUAUUCAAGUCUAUGGCGAGAUACUUGAGAAAUACAGAUACCUGGCCCAAGAAUACCAGCAGCAGCAGCACCAACACCAGCACCAGCAAGAUCGCACAUCAAGUGUCUGCAUAUUUCCACUUGUGUGUGAACCGUUUUCAUGGACUCGUUCCGGGGCAAUAUACUCUAACAGGUUGACUAGAUUGAUAUUCUUUAAAUAUCUUGAGCUCCUGGCCAGUUAUGAAAAACUGCGUACAGAACGCCUUGCAGACCUUUGCAGUAUUGCCAAAAAAGGUCUCUCAGGACCCACAAACGGACUACUUUUGGAGUUUGUAGAGUAUGCUCAGUCUAUAAGUGAAGCGCGACAGGUUAAAAGCCUGGUUGGACACUUUAGGGUAGUAGAACAGGAUUUAGAUGGCGCAACAAAAAUCAAAAUUGAUUCCUUGAAGUCCAAUACAUUUCAAGAAUACAUUCUGGUGUCGGCCAAUUCACAGGGGAUCUUGGAAAUAAUAUCAUACCCUGACUUGAUGUACAGGGCAAAACUUAGAAACCUAAACAUCACCACUAUGAAUGUCAAGGCUAUAAUUGAAAACGGAAAUGUAGUUGUUCUUUCAGGGUACUUUAAGCCCUUGAACCUUGUAAAGGGAACUCGAUAUUUGCUCUACAGACGCCACAUUGACUUUAAUACAGACAAGGUCAUCGCAGUCCUGAAAGACAUGGGAAAAUCCGAAAAUGCUGAUUCAGUAUUUUCGCAACUUGUCGAAGAUCCCAAUGGCUGGUCAAAGCAGCCUGUUCGUAGAGAUUUGCCCGUAGAUAUCAAAGCUACUGCACUCAGACUACGUGACGACUUUGCAAUGUCUCCUUCACAAAAAAUCAUAUCUGCCAGUACUCUUCAAAAUCGUCUCCAGAUCGUGUGGGGACCACCUGGGUCUGGAAAGACCGAAUUCUUGGCGCUUUUUGUGAAUUGGUACAUUGCACACAUAUUUGGAAGCUGCCCUGAAACCCGCCCCCUGGUUAUUGGUGUGACAGCAUUUACUCGUCAUGCUAUCAGCAACCUGCUCAGUAGAAUAGCCUCGGUUCAAUCCCGUCAAGGAAUAUUGGCAAAAUUUCAGAUCGUGAGCCUUGGAACAGUCAUGGGUGAGAAUAUGAUCCACACCAAAGCCGAUCGAUUGCCAGCCCUGAUUAGAAGCCUCCACUCAAAAAAUAUGAUGGCGGCGACGGCAACAGCAACGGCGGUUGUUGUUGGUGGUACGGUGUGGGAUUGGGCAAAGGUUAAGAAGAAUUGGCCUGAAUGGGCUGGUUGUGAUAUGAUGAUCAUUGAUGAAAGUUCUCAGUUGCUUGUGUCCGAUUCUGCACUGGUUAUCAAUUGUUUGAACGAGUCAAAUGGAAGGCUUAUAAUUGCCGGAGACCACAUGCAACUCGGGCCGAUCCUUCAAAACGAAUACCCACAAAUGGCUUUGAGCGAGCCAUGUCUUUUUGGAUCUAUACAGCAAUGUCUUAUGAGAACAGUCGAUAACCAGGCAAUACCUACACAGAAUUUCAGAUUACAAAAGGGCGUAUCUAAUGAUUUCGGGCCAAAUACAAUUCAACUCAAGGACAAUUGGAGAAUGGCAAGUAUUUUACUUUGUUUUAGUUUGUUUUGUUUUGAUUUACUUUAUUCAUUUAUUAAAAAUGAAGAACUUAACGAAUUCUUUAAACAAAUCUACGGAAAUGAUUUUACUGCAAGAUACCCAGAAUUGACCUUACGGCACGACUGGUCCAAGUUUAUUACUCCAACCAUCGGUCGCUCACAAGAGCUCAAGGCGAUCUUGGAUCCAAAGCACGCCUUGACGAUGACUAGACUGCUUUUUAACCACACCAAUACCUCUGCUGCAAACAUCGAAAUAGAGACCGAAGCUGAGGUGGUGGCACAGAUAGUGAAAACUCAUCUGAUGACGCGCGUAGAAGCAUCGCGCAGCCAGACACCUAUCAGCAAAACAAAGCACUCGCCUCUUCAUGUGACAACGACACCAGCACCAGCAGUGCUGGUGAUGGUUGUUACACCUCACCAUAGACAGCGCGUUGCCAUUCAACGCGCUUUGGGGGACACCCAAGGCACGGUAGUGGUUGACACUGUCGAGAAAAUGCAGGGACAAGAGUGUGAGCUGGUCAUAGCCUGCUUUACAUACCUUACUAUCACCAAAAGCAAAUUGGAUUUCUUGUUGGAUUUCAAGAGAUGGAACGUUGCUGUAUCACGUGCCCGUUGUAAAAUAAUCAUUGUAACCACGGACAAUGUUCUUCAAUUGCCAACUCAUAAAGACAAUAGCGGCUUGGAUGUAUUCAAGAGCCACACAUCAGCCGAAGGUUGGGGAUUUGUCUGUCUAUUGAGAGAUUGGGCUGAGAAAGAGGAAUCUGUUGUUCGAUGGCAUGUUUAA